AUGACAAUCAACUUGACACAUCCUUCCUUGAAUACAAAGGAAUUUAAGAACUUCUGGAAACGACUAUUAUUCUGGUAUUUAGUUAAUUCUAAAACAAAUAAUCCAAAACAUUUAAAAUUUAUAAACCAACUCUUAAGAGAUAGUGAAAAUGGUGAUGACAUAUAUGACCAUUUUCCCUCCCCCAGUGACGAAAGUAAUAAUAAUGACAAUAUAGGAAUUGUAAUUAAAGGUUUUAAUUGGGCUGGAUCUAUUCAAGUUAGUCGUGACGAUAAAAUUGCUGAUGUAAAAGAAAAUAUUCGAGAAAAUUAUGAUAUUGAGAUUGAUGAGCAAACUAUUCUCUAUAAAUAUGUAACCUUGGAUAACUUUAAAAAAAUUAGAGAUUUAAACAUUAGCUCUGGCGAUAUCUUUCAUUUAAUAAAAAAUAAAGUUCCUCUAAGAACUAAAGAAUUUAAUGACGGACUUCAUACCGUAUCUUCUACUAAACAACCUAUUCAAGAAGAAGGAAAAAUAAAAGUCAUUCUUCCAAACCGUGUAAUUGAAGUUCCUGCAUCUUCAGGAGAUAAAAUUAAAAGCUUGGAACAAGUCAUUUUUGACAGGGCAGGCAUCUGUAAUAGUAGGCAAUCAAGCUCAUACAACUUAUACAAUACUUGUCGUGAAAAAGUUUAUCUGAAGAUUUGUUUUAAGAACAGAGUUUUAAAUGAAUCUGGUAAUCUUGAUUCUACUCUUGAAUCUUUUGACAUUUCACCUUGUAAACCUGGCAAAAAAUAUAAUAGUCUCAAUACUUUGUUUUGUAUGGUUUUUCUUAAUGGUGCAACAAGGGAUAAAAUAGAAUUUGGGUCAAUUUUACCCUUCACAAUACAGUAUGUUGAAUUGGAAGUUGUUUUCGCUCGAUUAGUAACUAGUGAUAAUUUGAAUCACAUGAAGCUUUUGAAAUAUUUUGCCAAAUUUGCUAAAGAUCUUAAAGAAAUUGAUAUUGAAAAAUUAAUAAGGGCCAAAAUUUGGAUAAAGGAAUGUAAUGAUAGUAAUAAAUCUGUAAAUGAUGUCAAUGUUCAGAGAUAUUUGGCAAGAGAUUUGUAUACCCGUGCCAUCAUAAUAGAGAACUUGAUUGAUUUUGGUGAAAUUGCAAACAAGUUUUUAAAAGAUUGUGGCGUAAAAACAAGAACAGAAUACCAUAAGUCGUCUAGGGAAUUCUGGUCAAAGCUUAGUAAUAAGGAUACAUAUACUAAUAUCUUAGAAACUAUUGCAUACAGCUAUGAAAAUUUAAAUACAAUGAAACCUGGAAUUCUUGAUACAAUGAAACGAUGUCCAAUCUUGUUAGGUGUAAAGAAAGAAGUAGAUAUUUCUGGAACAAUGACAGAGGUUUAUGAAUUAGCCUGCGCUAGAGAAAUUUUUAUAAAUGAUAAUGAUAAUAUCGAAGUAUAUUUAAUCCAUUAA